UGGCGAAUUAGGUUGUUGGAGGUGACUCGAAUCUGAUCGAUAAAGAUUUAUAAAGGCAUGUCCACGUUGGAUGAGGACGUACAAGAUGCUGUAUUGGCAGUCCUACCUGGGCUAUCAGAGGAGAAACUAGUGUCUCUUUUGAACAAAUUGGCAAGCAUAGGAGUUGAAUCCAAAUCUGACUUGCAGUUUGUUAAAGAGGGCGAUCUUCCUGAUCCCAUCACACCAAUACAGUGUCGUCGGCUCCUCAAUGCAUGGAAUAUAGAAGACAAAACAGUUUGUGCCAAAGUAUCACCUUUAGAAUCCACAAACAUAGUCUUUGAUGUAUCACCAGUAAACUCACCAUCUUCAAAUUUCAGUUCCUCGUGUACACCAAGUGUCUCUAGCACAAACAGCUCCAGUACAACUGUCGAUUUAACUGUAUGGCCUGAAAACUUUGAAGUUCUAUGGAAUCGGAUGUCUUCUGGUAUUAAAACUGCCACUGCACUGGGUAGACGCCCUACAGCUAAAGAACGCAGAGAAAUGGUGAGAAUCAUUGUUGAUGAGAUGAGACAGACAGAGUUAAAUCCAUCAAAAUCCCAAUGUCUCAUUGUUGCAAAGAAGAUUGUUAAACAGUACCCACAAAGCUUUGCUGAUGUUUUGAAAGAUGGCACAAGAAUUGGGACUGGCUAUGGAUCCCUAUUGAUACAACUAAAAACAAGAGUGGAGCAUGUUAAUCGUGGCUGCUCAUUUUCGAGACGCAGGAAACAAAAAAAGACCUCAAAUGCACCACCCGAAGACACUGGACCAGGGCCUACUGACCAGUAUGGAUGUGUAAGGUGGCAGCCUGAGUGUCCUGUUGAUGAUACUGAAGAAAGUCUCCAAGAAAAGCAGGAAGAAAUGAAGGACCUCUAUAGUUGUAAGGGGCCAGCUGGAGCUCAAAAAGGACAUCUAAGUCAAUUAAUGAAAGCUAAAUACUACCUCCAACGUAAAUCGAUUAAUGCCUGUCCACCACCAUCCAUUGCUGAGUUGAAAAAUGAGUGGCCAUAUCUUUUUACACCCAAAGAACUGUAUAGCCACUUUAAGUCACUUACCAACAUCAGCAUUUUGGAAAGACUUGAGAAGUCCAUGGAAGAAAAAGGAAAGAUGAUUCUUCAGUUUUUCCGUCAAAAGCCAGCAGGUACCAAAACAGAUGAGAUUCAGCGAAUACUUCUGAAGUUUGAUGAUAGUGGAGCUUCAAGUUUCAUUCCAUGUGUGGUCCUUGUGCUUCUGUCACACUUUAAAGAAAAAAAUGAUGCACUGAUUCUUCAGACGGAUGUAAGUCUUAUAGUGUAUUUUUAA